CUUCCGAAAAGUAAAGAUGGAAACACCAAAUUUACCGGAGCCCGCUAUACCGUCUGCGCCUACACCGUUGAUUCUGUGCUAUUUUUUUCAUAUAUGUGCCUCAGAUAAUCAGGGUCCUCAGCCGUCAAUUGAUGGUUCUUCAUCGGUUUUCGAUGGGCUCGCCCUAGGCAGCUCUUUGCAAGAGUAUUUGGACGCGUUUGCCACUUUUCCCAACAGGAUCGAUGCAGUGCAAAGAGACUUCGACAGUUAUCUAGCCAAACUCAAAGCCAGCAACCCGAAUGACCAGAUUUUCCAAGACUCGCUGCUAGAAAUUGGUGUCAAACUUCGAGAGCUGACGGACGCAAUUAAAGCCGAUUAUCAAUAUGGUUUAAUCCAUUUAAUGCAGAAUCCUAUGCCAUAUUUGAUCGAGCAUUUUACCCCGUGGGCAGAAGAUAGAGCCACCUUCGUGGGGCAAACAAAUGCUUUGAUUAGCAGUGGAACUCCUGAACAAAAAUCAUGUGCCAAGAGUUUAGUAAUUAAUUUCAUGUCGGCUGAGUUCAAUUUGCUAGGAGAAGAGACACAAAACUUCGCUAGCGUAUUGGCGGUCUAUGAAUUUUAUUAUGUUAUGAUAUCUAAAUUUUUUUAUAUUGUGGUAACUAUCUUAAAGGUUACGCUUAACUUCUUUUCAAACCCUGGAUUCUCUGGAACAGACAUGAUUCAAUAUUUCAAUCCGGUUUACGAAACGUGUUUAAACGGUGCAGUACCAUUUUUCUCUAAUAUUGUAGAUAUAAUAUAUUACUUGACGGAAGGAGUUGCAAACGGUUUCUUUACAAGCGUACUAGAACGUUUAGAAGGAGUUCUUGCGAGUGCGAAAAGUUCUCUUCUCCUAUGCUGA